AAUUGUGAAACAUCGUGGGAAAACCUAUUUCAAAUAAUGGAGAAGGUAGAAUCAGCGUUGGAUGUACUUUCCCGAGCAGCGACAAUGGUGCAACCAUGCCCCGCAUACCCCGCUAGCGAUUCCGAGGGCUUUGAGACUCCGAGCACAGCCUCAAGUGGAGAGUCCGAAGGCGAUAGAACUCUAUCCCCGGAGGCUCCAAGGACACCCCAACCUAAGGAAUUAACGGGCAAAUGGAGAAGGGAACGACGUUCGACACGCCUUCCCGACUAUAGACCUAGAGAGAACGGCAAGAUGGCGUUGCGAUCGCAGUCAUUCAACGAGAGGCGUUGCGUCGGCUCGAUGGCGCGGGCGCAGCCACACAGUGACGGCGAACUAUCUGAUGAGGUGGACGAUACGCCCGCUAACCUCGCCAUCAAUGGAAAAGGUGCGCCGCCAGAGUACCCGAGCAGACACGAAGCACCAAUCGACAUGUGCUUACGAUCACGUCCAGCACCACCUCCUUAUAACAGACCCUCAGUUAUCAAGAGCAACGACGCUCCACCAGGUUCAAUGUCAAUGUGCGAUCCAGUAAUCGACGAACACUUCAGACGCUCACUCGGUGAUGACUACAUGAAUCUAUUCAAGAAAAACUCCGACAAUAUUACAACAAACACACAACCUGGACCAAAGCCCAAUACAAAGGAUAGAGCGAGCAGUCCUAUCCAGUUCAAACCAGAAGAACCACCGAAACCAACCAAAAUCAUAGCUAUGGAAGUGGACGAUGCCAAUUUAUCAGUGGACGAUCACUUUGCUAAAGCCCUCGGAGACACCUGGCGGCAAAUACAAACUUCGAGACUAAAAGAAAAUGAUAAAACACAAACUAAAGGUGUCGACGAUCAUUUCAGCAAAGCCUUAGGCGACACAUGGAAGAAAAUACAAUCAUCCAAAUUGAAAUUAGAUAAAGAAGAGAAAACUAAAGAACAAACGACGACAAAAAUAAUUUCUAGGAGCGGCGUAGUUAUAUAA